UCUUAGGGUUUUUUUUCUUCUAAGUGAAUACAAUACGACGACUCCAAUCAAUGGCGAUACCUCCAGGACUUUACUCCGGCACUAGCUCCCUUGCUCUUGUGGCUCGUGCUUCGGCGUUUAGCGUGGGUCUCCUCUACGGGAGCAUGAAGCUAAAGGUCUUGAAGAUGACAACGAAGCCACACAAGGUUGAAGCUACUGCUCAUCACUAAACCACCAUUGUUCUGUCUUUUACAAUAAGAAACCAAACGUUCGGGGCAGGGAUGUCUUCCCGCCCUGAUUAGCAAUUUUUUGUUUUUUGUUUUCCCAUGAUUCAUCUUUCAAGGAACUAAUGUAUACUUCAUUAAUAAAUUAUUUUCUAAACUGUCUCAAG